AGCAUGCCUUCACUCAAACGAGUUUGGCUAGAGUCCUGGUGCUAGCUGGGAUUACAAUUGAUGUUUACUUUGUGUCAAAUUAACUAAUUGUUUUCUUUUGCUGAAUUUAUAUAACAGUCCAACCUUGUUUAGUAUCAUCUAGUCAAAUUGCAUCGGUUUGCAUCAGUUUCAAUGGGUGACUUUUAAUUUGAAGGCGAACCGCCGAUUCCGCUAUUGUUGUCCACAGCACACGAAACACUGACAGGUGAGAAAGGGCGACCGACGGACUAACAUCAGCGUUAAUGGAACUUUGUUGCUGAUUUCGUUAUGGGGAUGCCAUACGCCAUGUUAAGAUAAAGACGACUGUGUUUAACAUGCUUAAGCGGUUGGACAAAAUCCGUUUCCGGGGGCAGCGGACAGAUGUGUUUCUGGAUCUGGGCGACUCGCCCAACACAUCUGACACUGAAUGUAGCGAAGAGAUUCUGAUGAAGCCUCGGCCCUCACUUGAAAUGAAAGACACGGAAGAACUGCAAGACCCUGCUGGUCCAGGGACACUUACGAUGCCUGCUGCAGCAAUCCACGACUACCAGAGGGCAGAGACAGAUCAACUCAACGACUUGAAAGGCCACCUGGAAAUUGCCUUACUGGAAAAGCACUUCCUACAGGAAGAGUUGAGGAAACUUCGGGAAGAAACCAACAUAGACACUCUGAAACAGGAUUUGGAGAAGGAGAGAUCGAAGAGGUUGGACUUGGAACAGAAACUGAACUUGGAUGCUCUCAAAAUGGGACCGGAAGAUUCCCCAUCACAGCGACCCAGAGAAACGCCUCCAACUGCCAACGGUACAGACAAGCAGAAGGAGACCAUGUACUCAUGGCUGCAGGCGUGGCUGUACAACCGGUUUGGAGCGUACAUUGGGGACUUCCGUUUCCAGCCGGAGGAGAACACAGUGGAGCCAGAGGAGUCGCUAAGCGCUAAGAGAUUGACUGAAAACAUGAGAAGACUCAAGCGAGGUGCCAAACCUGUCAUAACCUUUAAGAGGAACCUUUUUGCCUUAUCCAGCUGGCAAUCAGUGUAUACGUCAGCCUUCGCCUUCAUUAUCUAUAUGAAUGCAGCGUGGCACGGUUGGGCCAUCCCAAUGUUUAUCUUCCUAGCCAUUCUAAGGUUGUCCUUGAAUUACCUCAUUUCCAGAGGUUGGAGGAUCCAGUGGAGUAUUGUGCCUGGUGACUCUGAACCUGUGGAACCACCAAAAGAGGAUCGGACUGUUUCCGAGAAGUUCCAGUUAGUUCUUGAUGUAGCUCAAAAAGCACAGAAUCUUUUUGGAAAGAUGGCAGAUGUCUUGGAGAAAAUAAAGAACCUGUUCAUGUGGGUGCAUCCUGAGAUUACUCGGAAGCUUUACUUUGGUCUAUGGGUGGCCUUGAUCUGCUCCUGUCUCAUCCCCUACAAACUCAUGGGCUUUAUGAUCGGGCUGUAUGCAGGGAUCAAGUUCUUCCUAAUCGACUUCAUGUUUAGGAGCUGUCCCAAGCUAAGGGACAAGUAUGACACGCCGCACAUAAUCUGGACCAGCCUGCCCACUGACCCCCAGCUGAAGGAGCGCGGGGGCUCGACAUUGUCCAGAAGGAUCCAUCCGACGGUAGCUCACGGCAGUCUAGGAACAGCCUUACCAUGUGGUAUCAGUCUAGAGGAACAGACUGGCAGAGCCUACAAUACAAAGAAGGGGGUUUUCCACGAGGUCUUCAAUCUUUCCGGGGAUGAGCGCCCCCUAGCAGUGUGUGAGAAUGGCUGGCGAUGCUGCUUGAUCAACAGGGACAGGAAGAGUCCCACAGACUACAUCCGUAAUGGUGUGCUCUUUGUCACUGAAAAUUACCUUUGCUUUGAAAGCUCAAGCUGCAGGUCAAAUUCCUCUAAAAAGAAUAAAGUCAUCAAACUGAUUGACAUCACUGAUAUUCAGAAGUACAAAGUCUUGUCUGUAUUACCUGGGUCUGGAAUGGGAAUCUCCAUAGCAACACCGUCCACCCAGAAGCCGCUGGUGUUUGGUGCCAUGAUCCACAGGGACGAGGCCUUUGAAGCCAUCUUCACACAGUACACGAAGAAAGUGACCAUGACCACAGCCACCAACCCUGAGACCUAACAUACCAAAAUGGCUGCCUUCACCAGGGAUGUCCUAUACUGACACAGCGAGAUCUCUAUGUAGUACACUGGCCAAUUAGUAUAUCUGCAAGUAUGUUAAGCUAGUGUCCAUGCCAAGGUGGUGGAUUCCUCCACCAAGCCACAUUAGGUUAGUAUGUGAGGAUGGUAUCCACUUGAUCUGAGGCCUGGUCCAUCACUAUAAAGCCCAAGAUCUUUGUAUCCUCUCGCUGAUAACCAACUUCUCAUUAGGUCUAAGGGACUACAACUGGACCCGCACACCAUCGCUGUCUCCUACUGGUUCGGUCGAGUCUAUUGCAUCCGUUGUUCUGUACUCGGGUAAUAGCUUUAAGUCUCUCUCUUUUGUUGUCAGUUUUUCUUUUGUACACGCGUGCGUAGUGUGCACAUGCGCGAGAAUGUGUGCUGCUAAAAAGCGUGUGUGUGUGUGGUGGGGGGGUGUGAUCAUUUUAUGGUCAACACUGUUGUGCUGUUUCAGGAGGGGGCUGGAUCUCUUUGCCUAUCUGACAGGACUGCCUGGCACUCCCAUUUUGUGUAUCACACACAUUGAUGCUCUUUGCUCCACUUAAUACUCUCCUUCAAUAGGAUGCAUUUGGUUUGAUAUAGAUAUCAUUGGUGGUCUUGGACAGGUCUUAACUCACAUUUUGUAAAGUGCACCAGAAACCACGUUUAUGAAUACUUCAAGCCUUCAUGUUUCUCAGGUAAUGAAAGUGCUUUAGAUAUCAUUUCUGCAAUAGCCUUUAGUUGUAAGUGUUUUAUUUAGCCUUUGUUUCUGAGAGAGGAGGGACGGAACGGGAGUCAUUUAAUGAUGAGCAGCCAAAAGUCUGAAGUUCUUGUAGUCGAUAUCUUUCUCGCACACAUUUUUGUCUCGGCAAAGAAAAGGUAUGGAUUUACAUGUCCAGGUUAAGGAGUUAUGAUGCAUUCAUAAGCACCACAUAAACAUUACCUAAUGUCAACAUAGUCUUUCUGAAGCCUCAGAGUAUAUUUAUUAUGUAGAGCAAUAUGUGACUUGUAAUAUGUGACAUUCUACAUAACUAAUUGGUUCAGUAAAAACGAUCAUUUAUGUAGGUUUUGUGGAAUGUUUAUGAAUGUACUGUAAGUACUUUAUGGGACAGAUUACAUGUAAAGCAGGAGCCUUUUCUACACUUCCUUGUUCCACCACAAUGCCUUACCUAAUUCUCUCUCAGAUUUAGGCCAGGAUUCAAACCAAUGCAGCACUGCACUUUCUACUGAUUCUGACGUGUAACUUCAGGUAAAUUGCCAUUGGAUCACGCAUCACGAAACCACAUGUUCUUAGAAGUCGAGUGCAGUGCAAUGCCGGUUAUUUGUGUUAGUUUGAAUCCCGGAUAAAAAUGUUGGCAAUAAAGUUUUCUUUUUGGUUUUGACAGCAAACGGGAAUGGGGUUUAUAUUAAAAUGCUAGUGACCUUGUCAAGAGGUUCGGACCUCUUGGUGUAAUGGUUAAGGUGUUGGCUUGAAGGUCGCUGGACCCGGCUUUGAGUGCCGGUCGGGGCAACCCCCUGAAUUUGCUACAUUGGUGUCAGAAGUGGGAUGGUGUCUGUGAGGCCAUCGGAGAGGCGUGUACACCUGGGGGACUUGGUAUAGAGAAAGUAUGGGGGGGGGGGGCCCUCUCCCAAAGGAAGGGGGUAAUGUAGCGUCCUUAACCCAACACCUUGCGACCUCGUCAAGAUGAUCGUAGCUCUUGGCGUAACGGUUAAGGUGUUGGCUACAAUAUGUUCUAGUUGAGCACAUGCUAGGGAGGCUAACUGGACAUUUGCUUGAUGCCUUUUAGUCUACACCAAGUCAUUUAGGUAUCUCACUCGCCAAGCCCCUCAAAAAAAGUUAAUCUACUUAAGAAGGACAGAAUGUACUGUAUGUCUGCCAAAAUCUUUACUUUAUUUAACUGCUUGUCAUUGAGUUGUUUCACCCUAUAUCUGUAAUGUUUACAGAUGUUAGGUUCUGAACUCCACUGCUUUAAGUCAGUUUGAUUCCUUGUAAGACUAUGAGGUCAUGAAGACUGACCGGGUACGUCUUGUGAUGGAGAACUUCUGAAUGCUGAUAAACCUGAGUGGUCACAUCUCAGCCAAUCAAAGACUUCCCCUGGGUUUAGCCACACUCUUUGCCAGUGGAUGGUGAAUUGAAAGGUGUCAAUUCGUGGAGUCAUGUUGCUUCCAAAUCUGUUUGAAUCACCACUCACUAAACUAUGUCAAUUUAUGGCAUGGCCGUCAACUUGAAGAUGGAAAGUCCUCAUUUUAUAGUACCGUGUGUGUCUCAAACCAUCGAAGGUGUUGUAAAAAAAAAGCCUCGCUAAUCAAUCAUGCCCUUGUUGAUCGAUCAUCCUUUUCGUCACUUGCUAAUUCCCAGUAUGAUGGUAAUGGCUUCACCAAGUCCUCUGGUAGGUUUUUGUGCAGUUUCUGCCACACUGUAAUGCUCACCUACCAUGUAAUUUCACAAUAGAUAAGGAGGGUCAACACGGGACUGGAUACAUUUUCAGAGGAGGAUGGAUAUUGUCUCUAUGGUUCUGUGUCAGUGUGGCAGAGAUUGUUUCAACCACUGAGGCUUGCAAACUGAAAACUGCAGAAGUAAUCAUGUGGCCUCUGUGUUAAACAAGUACAGGGCCUUCAGAAAGUAUUCAUAACCCUUGACUUACUCCACAUGUUGUUGUGUUGCAGCCUGAAUUCAAAAUGGGAGAUGUUUUUAUUUUUAUCUUACCCAUCUGCACACAAUGCCCCAUAAAUGACAAAGUGAAAACAUGUUUUUAGAAAAUGUUGCAAAUGUAUUGAAAUGAAAUGCAGCUUUCCACACCUUGUUUGUGCAACAGUUGGCAAUUUUUAAAAGUUGUUUGUUUACCUAUCUACCAAGAAGUGCCCUUUGCGAGGCAUUUGAAAAUCUCCCAUGUCUGAUGUCGAAUCUUUAUUUGAAAUUCACUGCUCGAAUGAGGGACCUUAGGCUUGCCCUUAGGCUUUUCAUUUUUUAUUCAUAUGUAAAAAUGUGUGUAGGCCAGUGACAAAUAAAUCUACAUUUGAUCCUUUUUAAAUUCAGGCUGUAACACAACAAAAUGUGGAAAAAGUCUAGGGGUGUGAAUACUUUAUUUAUUUGAAAUCAAAGUACUUGUUUGCUAAUUCACUUUUCAUAAUACCUUCCCAAUCAAUAUGUAACUGUUUAGAAACGAUAACCAGUUACAGUAGGUGUGAAUACUUCUUUGUAAUCUGCUGUGUCCACUGCCUUUUACAAAAAAUUGUACAUAUGAAAUUAUGUAAUGAACACAUUAAGUUUUUAAAGAAAAUUGUUAAGUGAAAAUGUACAUAACAUUUUACAAUAAAGUAAACACAUUUUAAAGUAA